AUCAAAUAUUCCAAUCAAAUAAAAAAUUACAGGGAUAUUAAAAGUACAGUAAUUUUGAUGAUUGCAAGCAUUUCAGCCAAGUCUGUUUAGUCCUCUAGCUUCAUGUACUCAGAUCAGCAAUAGCUGAAAACAAACUAAAAUGAGGCCCCAAAUAGUACUAUUUGGGGAUUCAAUCACACAGCAAUCUUUCAGUUCUGGUGGAUGGGGUGCUGCUCUUGCUGACACUUUCUCUCGGAAGGCUGAUGUUUUGGUUCGUGGGUAUGGUGGGUACAACACAAGAUGGGCUCUUUUCUUGUUGCAUCCCAUUUUCCCUCUGGAUGCUACAACACCUCCCCUUGCUGUCACAAUAUUUUUUGGGGCUAAUGAUGCUGCUCUUUCAGGAAGAACAAGUGAGCGGCAACAUGUGCCUAUUGAAGAGUAUAAAGAAAAUUUAAGAAAAAUAGUUCAUCAUAUAAAGGAAUGCUCUAAUAAGGUCUUAGUGGUGCUAAUAACUCCGCCACCAAUUGAUGAGGAUGGGCGCUUUAAAUAUGCACGAUCUUUAUACGGAGAGAAAGCAAUGAAGCUUCCGGAAAGGACAAAUGAAACUACCGGCUUUUAUGCAAAGCAGUGCAUUGAAUUGGCAGAGGAACUAGGUCUCCCUUCCAUCAAUUUAUGGUCCAAGAUGCAAGAAACGGAUGGCUGGCAAAAGAAGUUUUUAAACGAUGGAUUGCACCUAACACCGGAAGGAAACGCAGUUGUCCAUCAAGAAGUUACAAGAGUUUUCAGUGAAUCCGGGCUUUCUCCCUCAGAAAUGCAACUUGAUUUCCCUCACCACUCCAAUAUUGAUCCAGAAGCACCUGAAAAAGCUUUCGAAAUAAGAUGUAACUAGUAUUUGCCUUUGCAUUGAACAAUUCUUCUCUGAGGAAACAUUCUUGGAUGCGGGCCAUAUUAUUCAUGUAACUUGUGCGGAGGCAUGUUUAAACUCUUAAUACGACAAUUAAACUGCUAUAUCUGGUUUCAGUUUGAUAAAAAUGUUAGAACACACAGAUAAAUAUUUCUGGAAUGUAUCUCUAUUCAUUCUGUGUAAUCCAAAUGAUUUUAUUAUUAUGCACUUAAUUUUGCUGUU